UUUUAAUUUUUCGGCCUUACUAAAACCUACUUAUACUUGUAUUGUUUCGUGUAUUUAGUGUUGAGUCUGGUGAAAAGGACUUGCAAGAUCUCGCACAGUAUCACGUAGAUUAUGACGUCAUUAUUACGUGGAUUACAGCCAAUCAGAAGCAACUUCAGGAUGUGAAAGAUGAUGAUGGCAAAGAUAGAGAGAGCAUUGAAACACGACGAGUUAUUCUUAAGGUACUUCGUGUUAUUACAUAUGCAAGGUUGCUUGAGCUUUGACAGCUUUACUGAGAAAAAAAUGUCUCAUCUAAGAUUACGUUGACGCGAGGCUGGAUGAACUUCAAAACUGUUACUCAAAUUUGUCCUACAGGAAGAAACCUAAACUAAACUAACUUUCUUUACACUGAAUAACUCUAUCAGUUCUAAACUAUUCUUCCUAGAGGUCUAGUAAGGAUCAUCUCGUAUUGAUCCAUGAUUACUGCAGGAGGAAACCUAAACUAAACAAACUUAUAUUGGAUAACUCUAUCAGUUCUAAACUGUUCUUCCUAGAGGUCCAGUAAGGAUCAUCUCUUAUUGAUCCAGUGUUGCCACAGGAGGAAACCUAAACUAAACAAACGUUAUUUAUACUGGAUAGUUCUAUAAACUGUUCUCCCUAGAGGUCCAGUAAGGAUCAUCUCGUAUUGAUUCAAUGUCACUACGGGAGGAAACCUAAACAAAUCAAAAUUUUAUUUAUAUACUGGAUAGCUUUAUAUAUUAAUUCGGUCUCGUUACAUUUGUCAAAUAGUGUUCAUUUGGAAACGUAUGAUGAAAUAACAAAACUUGUUUUCUUUAGAACAUAACUGAUGAAUUUCCUGAAUACAAAAUCAAACUGCAUGAAGUGUUUGGUAAGGGUGAACAUUUAUCCGAUACUCCAAGUAUACCACAGGAUGACAGAGACGACAUCAAGAAACAGUCAGAUGACUUGGAACAGAAAUUUAACGCGUUAGAAAAUGAUGUUGGGGACGAAGAUAAGAGGUAGGUUCUAGUUUAACCGUUUAUUGACCAACAGCUCUCACUAACAAAACAUUCUGGUAUUAACUAUGGCUUAUAAAGUGUUACCGGCAAUAAUGAUUUGGUUUGGUUUAUUUCAAAAAAAAUAUUAAUACCAUAAAAAGUAAUUAAUCACCACAUCAUAUAUUUAUACGUCCGUUGAGGACAACAAGCCAGAGUAUAAUUUCUGGUUGGGACAACUGAUUACUGCAGGAACCCUGGUCACGAGGCAAACACACAUAGACAGCCACUCUUUAUUUAUUAAAUCAUUAAUUAAAAUCUUUAGACUGGACGAGAACCUGAAAAAUCUGGAUAAGUAUGAAAGCUGGCAACAGAGAUCAGAUGAUCUCAAAGAAAAACUUGAUGAGACGAAAGAUAACUUGGACAAGCUUGAUACACCAACCAGUGAUGUGGAAGAACGAGAGAAACAGAAACGCUUCUUGAUUGUAAGUUGCUUUCUCUGUUUCUUCGUGAUUUCUCUUAGAAAAAUAGGAUGGUUUUGUGUGAGACACAGUAGUUGAAAGUGUCACAACACUUUGAUUAAGAAGCUAGCAGCCUAGCAAGAUCGUCAUGCAAAGUUAGCAUAUCUAACUUAACCCAUAAAAUCGUCUGGCGUUAGGCAAUGUCAGAGUGAAAUAAUAAAAUCGGGUGCAUUGGGACGCAUUGCAGCUUGAGGGGUUAAAGCAUAAAGAUUUCCUUCCACCUAAAACCUACUCACUUCAAGACUGAUGAAGCUUGUCGGGCAAUGGCCAUAGGUUUUAAUUACAUACCCUUGCAACAACCAACUUCGAACGCAUUUUUGUUUCUGACCAAUGCAACUACGAUACUGGUGAAUGAAAUCUUGAAUAUUUCCCUAGGACUUCAAUAAAAAGAAAGCUGCGCAAGAAAAAACAAUAAAUGAUGUCGUCCGCGAUGGUCAGAAGAUGAUCGAUGAGCAUAUUGUUCCCACUGACAAAUGUGAGAAGGUUGAACUUGAUCUUCAAUCAUUGCCUGAAACCUGGGAUGAUCUCGUGGCCAAGGCUGAUGAGAACAAGAAAACGUAUGUGACGGUUCGUUUAUUGAAGAUGAUCAUUACUGGACCUCUUAGAAGAACAGUUUAGGACUGAUAGACCUUUCCAGUAUAAAUAAAGUUAGUUUAGUUAUGUGUCUUCAUGUAAUAACACUGGAUCAACAAUAUAAAUUUCUGUUAGUGUUGACACGAGUCUGCAAGAUGCAGUACAGCUGAACAAAUGGCGCAAUGACUACAAUGUGGUUUUACUAUGGGUUGAGAAAGCUGAAGAGAAACAGAAUCAGCGUGAUGAAGAUGGUGAUGAUCUUGACAAAUUGAAGAAACAACGCAAAAAACUGGAAGUGAGUGUGACGUUCAUAUAAAAUUCUGAUUGAUGCCAUUAUGAAGGAACACUUUCUACUCCUGUGACUAGAAUUCAACUGCUCUUGUAGUUGUAUCAUGUAGUAGCAUUUUGGAUUAAGUAGACGCUUCUCGAAUUUUGAUUGAGCGCUCACGAAACAAUAGCUUGAAAUUGAAGCAAUGUAAUCCAUUGUAAAUAAGUAAUAUCCUAAGUAUAUUCGAUUCUUUUGCAAUAGGAACGGAGACAUGUAGCUGCAGUUAUCUGUUACUUACAGUCAUUUUGAUAUUUUUAGGCUGACGUGAAAGAUCUUGUGAAAUAUGAACCUAAGAUUGCACCACUGGUGUCAAGAGGGGAAACAGUAUCACAAAGCAAGUUUAUCACCCCUGACGAUACCAAGAGCGUAGAGGAUGACGGGAAAGCUUUGAAAGAAAGAUUUGAUAAACUCAAAGAUGAGGAAACAGACCGCAAACAGAAGUAAGUUAUUGCAAGAUGUCUGUAUUAGAGAGGUGUUUGUGUUAAGAAGCGGUCUGUAUUAGAGGGGUGUCUGUAUUAGAGAGGUGACUGUAUUAGAGAGGUGUCUGUAUUAGAGAGGUGUCUGUAUUAGAGAGGUGUCUGUAUUAGAGAGGUGUCUGUAUUAGAGAGGUGACUGUAUUAGAGAGGUGUCUGUAUUAGAGAGGUGUCUGUAUUAGAGAAGUGUCUGUAUUAGAGAGGUGUCUGUAUUAGAGAGGUGACUGUGUUAGAGAUAUGUCUAUAUUGGAGAGGUGUCUGUAUUAGAGAGUCUGCAGUAGGGAGGUGUCUCCUUUUAUUUUUCAGUACUUUUUUUAGACGAAUAUUGUAGCAAACUGUAGAAUUUUUCAACUAGCUGAUAACUAUUCUGCAACAAUCGUCUUUUUUCUAAUGUUUUCUAGAUUGGAUGACAAGAUACAAUGGUUGACAGAUUAUAAACAAUAUCGAACAGACGCUGAUGGUCUAAAUGUCAUGCUUGAUGAUAUUCAAAAGAAGUUGGAAUCUUGUGAAAAACCAACCAGCAACAAGGCUGAAAGAGACAAACAAGCCUCGUUCCUCAAUGUAAGUUUCAGCAUGCCAGAAAAAGUGGAAAGCCACAUUUUUAUAGCAUUUCAUUGGAGAGGCUUUUUUGGGGUAAGGGUGCACAGAAAUGGUCUGUGUUUUAGUGAUUCUGACCUGGUUUUAACAUGAAGAGACCUGGACUGGCAUGGUGUUCCCCACCCCCCACAGAUAGAGUGUGUACCCAAAUUGAGUAAAUGGGGGGCCCUGUUAACUUAAUGAUAAGCUAUUCUAAAUAGCUAAUCUAUGCUCUUAUGUGUGACUAAAUUAACUUAUUUUACUACAGAAAUUUAGCAAAGAUCAACCUGCAAAUGACAAACGGGUGGACACUGUUGUCGAACUUGGCAACAAACUGGCUGAUGCACCAGGGGUACCUGAGGAUAAGCCGGAUGAAAUUAAAGAAGAAACAAAGACCAUGGGGGACACGUGGAGGAUAAUUGUGCUGAAGGUUGAAGAGCUGCAGAAAAUGUGAGUCAUUAUUUUAAAGUUUUAUUAUUUUUUAGUUUUCGUGUUUUUUAUUUGCAUUAGUUUAUCUGCAUUGGUUUAUGUUUUCAGUGUGAGUUCUGGCAUCCAGAAUAUUACUGAACUGAGUGAUUGGCGUAAAGAAUACACGACUGUUGUGAAAUGGAUUGAUAUGAACGAAAAGAAACUGGCCGCGCAAGGAGAGCCUGGUGAUCAACAUAAAGAUCUAUCUAACAAAUGCACGACACUUGAUGUAAGCAUAAGAUCAUUUUCAGAUUCUGUCGGUUUAAGAUUUUAAAAUUUAGCCGGUGACGCGAUUGCGAAGUUAUCUCGAGAAAUGUCUAUUUCUUUUUGUUGCAAGGAGCUAAGCCAUCAGAACUUAACAAGUUUUCCAUUAUACCAUGUCGAUGGUUUCACAAAGAUAAUUUAAUAUAAUAUUUUUUGAAGGAAAUGGUGAACGUGUUGCCAACAUACGAAACCAGAGUCGUUCUCCUGCUUGAGAAAGGCGAUCAGUUGGCAAAAGAACCGUCAAUCGACGACACUGACCGAAAACAAACCGAAGAUGACACGAAAGCAUUGCAAGAAAGAUGGGAUAAAUUGAAGGCAGAUGAACAGGACAAAAAGAAAAGGUGCGUCAUCAAUUUAUAAGGUCUAGAUCAUGACGUGUACAUAUAUACAACAUGCUCUAAAUUGUUCUAUUUUUGUUGCAGAUUUGAUGAUCAGAAAGGCUUUGUUGAAGAUUACCAAGAUUGGAAAGACAGUGCGAACGAAUUGAAACCUUGGUUGGAUAAUACUAAGAAAGAAAUGGAUGCAUGUGAACUACCAACGAGUGAUCAUUCGGUCAGAGACAAACAAGUCAAUUUCAUUAAGGUUAGUUUAUAAUAUUUGAGUGUCAUCAUCUUCCUAUACUAUCCAGGCUCGUGGCUGGUUGAUUAUAACAAUGAAAAACAAUAAAACUAUAAAAAUCGUCUUUCUAAAGAGCGAGUCACGAACAAUGAUGAUUUUUGUUUCUGAUUUGUUCCUGAAAGCCAAUCACAAAACAUGAUCAUUUUAGGUAGGUCUUUACCCAUAUUUGACCAGUGGGGAAUAAAGGCUGAUUACGAAAUACAAGCUGUGUGGUUUAAUGUAGCAGUAAAGUUUCUUUCAACUUAAACGAUAUGUCACGGUGUUAAUUACUUAUAUUUUCAGGUAUUUUCUGACGACAAAGAAAAGAACCAAGGUCGCGUAGACAGUGUUGUUGAUGGAGGUGAACAUCUCUUGAAAGAAAACCCUGUAGCUCAAAAAGACGAGAAAGACAUCAGAGAUACAGUCAAUAACACUCAGAAUUCAUGGAACACUAUUUUACAACGCGUUGAUGGUGUUGAACAAAGGUUUGUGAAUAUUUAUUUAUGUUCUUAGAUAUGUUCUUUGUUAUGGUAGAGAGGAGGGCUUAUUAGAGAGAGGGGAUCUUAUUGGAGAGACGGUGGUUUAUUAGAGGGAGGGUGGCUUAUUAGAGAGAGGGUGACUUAUUAGAGAUAUGGUGGCUUAUUAGAGACGGGGAUGGCUUAUUAGAGUGAGGAUGAGAGAGAGGGGGGCUUAUGAGAGAGAGGGGGCUUAUGAGAGAGAGGGGGGCUUAUUAGAGAGAGGCGGUUGUUUAUUAGAGAGAGGGAGGCUUAUUAGAGAGAGGCGGUUGUUUAUUAGAGAGAGGGGGGCUUAUUAGAGAGAGGGGGCUUAUUAGAGAGACGGGGGCUUAUUAGAGAGACGGGGGCUUAUUAGAGAGAGUGUGGCUUAUUAGAGAGAGGGGGUGGUUUAUUAAAGAGAGGGUUGUUUAUUAGAGAGAGAGUGAGGCUUUAUUAGAAAGAGGGUGGCUUAUACGAGAAAAGCUAAAUAAAGGAUUAACGCUAUUCUUCUAGUGUCACGUCAGGAGGUCAAGACAUUAUCCAGUUAGAGGAAUGGCGUGAUGGGUGCACUCAGUUGAAAAAAUCUGUAGACAACGCCAAACAGCAAGUUCGUAACUUGAAAAAACCCUCCAAAGAUCCAGCUAAGAUGCAGAAACAGAAAGAUGACUUCGAUGUAAGUGCUUUAAAAAUCCACACUUUCCAAGUUAAAGACACUGGCAAUAAUGUGCAUGAAAUUGUGAGCAAAUAACUAUACAUGUUUAACAUCUAAUUGGGAGCAGUUUGGAAAAAUGCACUAGUCAGGAAUCACCUUAACUAGCUUUACUAACAUUACUAUUGUUUCAGGUGAUUUCUGGUCAGAUGGACAGCAGUUCAGAUAAAAUUAACGAUCUCUCGCAAAAGGCAGAAUAUCUUAUCAGCACUUCAUCAAUAUCGCCCAAAGAUAAGGACAAAGUGUCUCAAGAUUUGGAACAAUUGAAUAAUACCUGGAAGAAUUAUAAAAACGAAGAAGAUACAGCCAGAGCAAGGUGAGUGUGCUACACACGUAAAAACACACAAGGUGUAACAAACCUACAGCAGACUUGCUGUUCCAACAACUUGUCAACAGGAUGUGUUCGCACUGAUUGUUUCAACAACUUGUUGACAACUUGCUACAAGGUUGUUGCGCUCAACAGACUUGUUACAAGUUGUUCCAACAACUUGUUAUCGUCUUGCAAUUCAACAAUUUGUCAACAAGUUGUGAGUGACACCCUUGUAACAACUUGAUAGAAUAAAGCAUUGUUACAACUUGUUCACAAGCUUGCUACAAACAUGUUGCGAACACAUCUUGUUGACAAGUUGUGAGAUUUUUAUGUGCUUAGUUGAAAUUAUGGUAUUGUUGCUUACAUGCCUUUUCUUGUCACACAGAAUACGCAAACUUAGGAUUGCAAGGUUUUGAGUGAAUGAAAUGGCUGUACAUCAGAAGAUGUCUUAAACGUUUCAGACGACUAAGUUGUCUAAUAUAACAUAUUUCUUCUAGUUUUGAUGCUCAACCAAGACAGAUAGUUACUGAAGACAUUGAAGUUCAGAAAAAGGAAGAUCUGGUCGUUGAAUCAACAUUCGAGGUUUAUAUAACUUAUUUAAUACUGUAAAAUCUGUUCCAAAGCAUAGCGAACUUGUGGAAUCUGAUCUGUGAAAAUCUGUGAUGUUUUUAUGUAAAGUUGGUAUAUGUACUAGCAACAGUAUUGGUGUCAAAAUAUAGCUUCAAAUGGCCCCAAGAAUCUCUAAACUCAAAAAUAUCGGACAAUUGUUCCCAGAAAAUAUUUCCCUCAAGAAAGAAAAAAUAUUGUAAAAAUUUAGAAAAAAUUUUCACGGGAAAUUUUUGUCCUUGUGUUGAUUAAUUGCCGAAAAUUUACAAUGUUCUCAUCCGGUCCCAUAAAGUAUUUGGCUAUUUUGGGUAAUUGGUUUGUACACGCCCUGAACUUCAGAAACACUCCUAAAAUCUUGCAUCCUAGCUAAGACCCUGUCUCAUAAUUCUUCCACUUUGUGAAAACCACAUAUAUAAAAGCAAUCCUUUUGACUCAUUGCUAACUCGAUUGGCUAAAAUAUUCGUUAAUUGUUAAACAUUUUUAUAACCUGCUCUUAUUUAGGAUAUUGACGAACUGUUCCAGGCACAACCUGAAACUGUAGAUUAUGGAGAGUGGAAAAACAAUGUUGCAGAACUCGAGAGAGUUCUAGAUGAUGAGGAUGGAAAGUUUGAUCCCAAGUCAGAUAUUGAGAAAGAAUAUUCAAACUUGGAGAGACUUGCACAAGAAACAAAGGUAGCAUUUGUACACUACUGUACAUCAUGAUACCUUAAUGUUUACCAGUACUUUUAUAUAUAAGAGAUGUUCCUCACUGCACCUCUAGGAAGAACGGUUUAGAACUGAUAGAGCUAUCCAGUAUAAAUAAAGUUAGUUUAGUUUAGGUUUCCUCCUGUAGUAACACUGGAUCAAUAAGAGAUGAUCCUUACUGGACCUCUAGGAAGAACGGUUUAGAACUGAUAAAGCUAUCCAGUAUAAAUAAAGUUAGUUUAGUUUAGGUUUCCUCCUGUAGUAACACUGGAUCAAUAAGAGAUGUUCCUCACUGGACCUCUAGGAAGAACGGUUUAGAACUGAUAAAGCUAUCCAGUAUAAAUAAAGUUAGUUUAGUUUAGGUUAGUAACACUGGAUCAAUAAGAGAUGAUCCUUACUGGACCUCUAGGAAGAACAGUUUAACCAUAUUCCUAUAUUUCAGGAUUCCGGUGUUACAGUAGAUGAUGUUUGUAAACCUAAGUUGGCCAAGAUAUUAUCGGAUGGUAAUGGUCUUAUCAACAGUAAGCAACUUGAUCCAGCUGAUGAGACGGAGGUUACUGACAAGAUGGCGUCUUUGAAAGACAGAACACAAAAUGUUGAUACCGCUGUUACUGUCACCAGAAUGAAGUAAGUGUACAUGGCUCAGAAGAUGUUUUCAAAAUUCACUAGAAUGUGUAUUCACUGGUAUUUUAGCAUCAGCACAUGUUGUUUGUCAAAUGUUUGUUGAUUUGAGCAAUUUCUUUUUAACUACUGUAAUAACGAAUUUUAUGAUCGCAUGAUGUUAAUGUAUCUUGUCAGAGAAGGCAUUCAUGCCAUAAUUAUGUAUGUUUGUAUAAAUGUGUUUCCCAGUGGCGAGCAGUUAGGAAAAGUGAUUUUUAAAAGCGAAUGUUAAGAAAGUAAAUUUUGUUUUCCCAAGGGUUCGAGAUGCUGCUUUGGAAUACUUCAAUAACAAUCUCAACGAAUGUUCAGUGAAUGUGAAUAAAAUACAAGAAACAGCAAAGACUUUACGUCCUCCAGCAAAUGACUUGCCUGAUCUUCGCAUACAACUUGCCUCCAUGAAGGUAACCUAUCUCAUAAAUUCAAUAAUUCAUGUUGGUGAUGAUUAUGCUGAUUGUAAUGAUGGUGAUGACGAUGGUGAUAAUGAUGGUGAUUUUGAUGAUGAUGGUGGUGUUGGUGACUGGAUUGAUGGUGGAUAGUGAUGAUGUGGUGGUGGUGGGUGAAUGGUGUUGAUGGUGGUGAUGAUGAAGAUGGUCCCCUGAUUGCCAGUGGUAAAAGGUCCAGCUGUACAACUUAAAACUUUCUGUUCCUCUUUUUAAAAGUCCUUAGAGAAACGACUCGGAGAGGAUGGUGAUAAAGUGCAAGACAUAGAGGAGAAAGUGAACAAGAUGGAAGAUGCUGGUGUUUUACCCCGGGAUGGUUUUGCCGGUACUCUAAAUGACAGAUGUGAUGAAGUAAGGAAGGAACAACAGAAUGUCAAUGUCUCUAUCGAGGAAGCUAAACCAAAGUACGUUACAGAAUACAUGUACCCCUGAUUAAAAAAAAAAAAAAAAAUAACUUUAUUUAUACUGGAUAACUCUAUCAGUUCUAAACUGUUCUCCCUAGAGGUCCAGUAAGGAUUAUCUCUUAUUGAUUCAGUGUUACUACAGGAGGAAACCUAAACUAAACUAACUUUAUUCUGGAUAGCUCUAUUAGUUCUAAACUUUUCUCCCUAGAGGUCCAGUAAAGAUCAUCUCCUAUUGAUCCAAUGUUGUUACAGGGGGAAACCUAAACUAAACUAACUUUAUUUAUACUGGAUAACUCUAUUAGUUAUAAACUUUUCUCCCUAGAGGUCCAGUAAGGAACAUCUCCAAUUUAAAGUAAAUUUAUAAUUUAAUACAGGUUACAUCGUGCUUUACUCAAUCAAUUAAAUCGAACACAAAAGGCUGUGAACAAGUGGUUGAAACUGUGCGAGAAGAAAGAAAAAAAUAUCGACGUCUCGAAUGUAAAAGAUCUUGAAAAAGCACGUCAAGAAUGCUUGAAACUGAAGGUAAUCUAAAGUUAAGACAUGAGGGAAAACAACGAAAUGAAAUAAAGCACGCUGCAACAUAAAAAUAAAAUAAAAUAUGUGCUGCUUUGUUUUCUUAUAAACCUCAUUUGCUUAUUGGGUACUUGCUUGGAUCACAAUUAAAAAUGAGGCUUAAAUCACUCAAUUGGUGAUAUAAGAAUAUGAAAUUCUUUGAGUGAAUAGCAAUUUUCAAGAAACCAGUUUCGUAAAAGCAUUAAAUCUGUCAUUAAAUUUGAGGGAACUCGGUGUUAAAAUCCGUUGAACAGUCCUCUCAAAGAUUUCUUGCAAGUUAAUCUUUCAAAACUUACAAUAAACCCAUGCAAAAGUCCUACUGUGAUCACAGAAACUUUGAUAGUGUAAUCCAGCCUUAAUACAAACGCCGCUUUGAUAACUCUACUAUUACAGUACUUAGGCAGACAUUAAAUAAAGUUUUAUCUAUUACAAAUUUUUCCAGCAAGCGAAGGCUGAAUUUGACAAAGGAGACCUUCAAUACAUCACUUUAAUUGAAGUACACAAGGAAGCUGUAGAUGACGGAAUACUAGUUGACAAGAAAGCUGUGGACUUCGACAAACAGAUGGAUGAACUGACUACCAGGCAUGAUGACCUGAAGAAACGCUUGGGAGAUAAGGACGUCGAGUAAGAAGAAUGCCUUUGAUUGAGUUAUACAUUUCUCAAAGUAUUAAUAGUUCAUGACAAGAAUUGAAUAUUUAAUCAAUGUCCAAAUCGAGUUUCGUCAUCACUAACAUAACCUUUUCAUUCGCAACUUAUUCUUAUAUUUUGGUUCAUUAAAGGCUUCUCAACUAUGUCCGACAGUCCACAGAAGAUGUGUUGAAUUCUGCAGAGGAAAAGCUCGAAGAACAAAAAACGUGGCUGGAACCGGAAGAACCAGCUGAUAAUUUCACUGAUUCGAAAGAACAACAGGAUCAGAUGAAGGUGAGAAUAUAUUUAUAUUCUGUAUCGGUGUGUCAGUCAAGGCUAGUACUGUACUGUGAUAGUUCAGAAUGCAUAUUGGGAAAGCAAUUGGCAUCUUUUAAUUUAUACAAUCGGAAGAUUGUCAGAAGAUUGACCUCUACCAAACGCUUUUCACCAAAUGCAUUGCAUUACUGCAUCCAUGAUAAAUAAAGUUAGUUUAGUUUAGGUUUCCUCCUGUAGCAACACUGGAUCAAUAAGAGAUGAUCCUUACUUACUGGACCUCUAGGAAGAACAGUUUAGAACUGAUAGAGCUAUCCAGUAUAAAUAAAGUUAGUUUAGUUUGGGUUUCCUCCUGUAGCAACACUGGGUCAAUAAGAAAUGAUGCUUACUGGACCUCUAGGAAAAACUGUCUAAAACUGAUGGAGCUAUCUAGUAUAAAUAAAGUUAGUUUAGUUUAGGUUUCCUCCUGUAGCAACACUGGGUCAAUAAGAAAUGAUGCUUACUGGACCUCUAGGAAAAACUGUCUAAAACUGAUGGAGCUAUCUAGUAUAAAUAAAGUUAGUUUAGUUUAGGUUUCCUCCUGUAGCAACACUGGGUCAAUAAGAAAUGAUGCUUACUGGACCUCUAGGAAAAACUGUCUAAAACUGAUGGAGCUAUCUAGUAUAAAUAAAGUUAGUUUAGUUUAGGUUUCCUCCUGUAGCAACACUGGGUCAAUAAGAAAUGAUGCUUACUGGACCUCUAGGAAAAACUGUCUAAAACUGAUGGAGCUAUCCAGUAUAAAUAAAGUUAGUUUAGUUUAGGUUUCCUCCUGUAGCAACACUGGGUCAAUAAAAAAAUGAUGCUUACUGGACCUCUAGGAAAAACUGUCUAAAACUGAUGGAGCUAUCCACUGAUAGAGCUAUAAAAAAAACCCAAAAUUUUUCUCAUGGAAAGGUAACUGCAUUUUGUUUAUCCACAAUAAUUUGUUAUUUGAAGGAUCGUGAAUCCACCAUCAAAGAACGAACGAGCGAUAUUAUUGUUCAACUUGGUCCAGUUGAGACGAUCGCCACAGGAGAAAUACUACCUCUACCAGAAUCAACAGCUCUCAAACGUCGCAUUACUGAUGUCAGAACUAAAUUUAAUGCUGAUAUCCCUGCUGCCAAAGAAAAGUCGCAAAAGUAAGCGAUCAGUGAAUUCUUGAAAAUCAUUUUUAAGGUUUAAAAAAUAUUAACGAUAAUAACAUAAUUUGAUGAUUGGAUUAACUGGGGUUUUUUAUUAUUAAGGUUUAGCAACAAAAAAAAUUGUUUACAGGAAAGCUAGAACAGGGAGUACUACCCUAAUAGAGGGAGUACACCCUAUUUUUGUUUAUACACUUUGUAUGUAUAUUCUUCCAGUUUGAAGGAAGGUUAUGGCGAGCUUCUGAAGAAGGAAAUUGAGAAACGAAAAGCGUGGCUUGAUGAUGAUCAUGAGGGUCACAUUCCUGAAACCGACACUGACUUUAAAAACUUUAAAGAUUUCAAGGAAUUCAAAGUAAAAUAUGACCAAAAUAAGGUAUUGUUGCAAAGUGUUCAAUGCUUAAGAUAUACCACCCUUAGCAUGCUUGCUAUAUACAUGUAUAACCGUAAAGAAAUGAUUUAGAGUACAGUAUAUCAUAUUUAUAAAAGAAAAGUUGUGCAGAUUUAAUACAAUAUGAAGAUAAAAAUGUUAGCUAUUAUAUGACGAGGCAUUGCCCUAUAUGCCAUUAAAAGCUUACAUGCAACAUUCAAAGAUAUUAUAAUUACAAAUGAUUUAUAUAGUUGAUGAACUAGUUUCAUUAAAAAAUAUUCUUUGUUUUUGAAUCAUGUAGGAGUUUGCCAAAGAACUUGACGACAACAGCAUCCAAGUUUUAAUUGAAGAGGCGGACAAGAUUGAUGGCAUUGAACCAGAACUGAAAGAUGAACUAAACGGUUUAGACGAGCGUUGGGAUAAAAUCCAUGAUGCUACAAAGGAUAAAAAUGUCUUUUAUGAUGAUCUCAUGACAAAGUGGGCUGCGUUCCGUGAACAGCAACUGACCUUGUUAAACUGGAUUGAUGAGAAAGAUGCUGAUGUGGCAGGCGGGAAAGAUCAAGUGAAUCUUGCUGAUGAGGAUGACGUCGCUGAACACAUCAAGAAACUCAAGGUAAGAGAACGAAAUAUGUUUGUUUGUACUUAUAAUAAUUCUUGUUCUACAAGCUCUAAUCUCGGAAUAGGGUGCUGUGAUCGUUGUCUCUAUUCUUCGAGUCUUCUUCAUUAAGUGUACUAUAAGUGCCUAAGUACCUUGAUGUUUAUAUCUUUUUCUCUCUUCUUUUCUCUUUAUUGUAAAACUUCUCUGACCAGCUCUCCUUCAUCUCUUAUUAUGUGUUCAUACCAUCUCAACCUUGCUUCCCUCGCCUUCUCUGCAAUGUCUACUACCUCGCAUCUUCUGAUCUCUUCAUUCCAUAAUGUCUCUGACCAGCUCUCCUUCAUCUCUUCUUAUUACGUGUCCAUACCAUCUCAACCUUGCUUCCCUCACCUUCUCUGCAAUGUCUACCACCCCACAUCUUCUGAUUUCUUCAUUCCAUAAUGUCUCUGACCAGCUCUCCUUCAUCUCUUCUUAUUACAUAAUAUCCAUACCAUCUCAACCUUGCUUCCCUCACCUUCUCUGCAAUGUCUACCACUCCACAUCUUCUGAUCUCUUCAUUCCAUAAUGUGUCUGACCAGCUCUCCUUCAUCUCUUCUUAUUACAUAAUAUCCAUACCAUCUCAACCUUGCUUCCCUCACCUUCUCUGCAAUGUCUACCACCCCACAUCUUCUGAUCUCUUCAUUCCAUAAUGUCUUUGACCAGCUCUCCUUCACCUCAUUACAUGUCCAUACCAUCUCAACCUUGCUUUUUUCCAUAAUGUCUUUGAGAUGCCUCCUGACAUAACAUUAGUAGAAAACGAGACCUUAUUUACCACUUCUAACACCAGGCAUUAUUUAUCUCUUAUGAAAUCAAUCUCGUUUUCAGGAUGUGAAAGAAGAAGCUGAGAUUCAAGGAGCAUCACAAGAAAAGAAAUUAAAAGAAGCCAGUGACGAUUUGAUCCACCAUCUUGGUGACGAUUCCCCUGCUGCUGUGGAGAUCAAUAAACAAGUGGAAGAAGUUGAUUCAGUCAGACAAGAUUUUAUCAAUGACAUCGGGGAUAGAAUUGAGAAGGUGAGAGUUUUAAUUUUGAGGAGAGCACAUGCUUCUGAACUAAAUUAACUUUAUUUAUACUGGAUACUUGUAUCAGUUCUAAACUGUUCUUCCUAGAGUUCCAGUAAGGAUCAUCUCUUAUUGAUCCAGUGUUAUUACAGGAGGAAACCUAAACUAAACUAACUUUAUUUAUACUGGAUAGCUCUAUCAGUUCUAAACUGUUCUUCCUAGAGGUCCAGUAAGGAUCAUCUCUUAUUGAUCCAGUGUUACUACAGGAGGAAACCUAAACUAAACUAACUUCAUUUAUACUGGAUAGCUCUAUCAGUUCUAAACUGUUCUUCCUAGAGGUCCAGUAAUGAUUAUCUCUUAUUGAUCCAGUGUUACUACAGGAGGAAACGUAAACUAAACUAACUUUAUUUAUACUGGAUAGCUCUAUCAGUUCUAAACUGCCUUCUACUAAGAGCUAUCACUCGUUGGUCCAGUGUUACUACAGGAAUUGCAGAAACCGAACAGAACAGAUUUGGUAUAGCUUUUCCUAUAUGGAAAAACAUUUCAAUUUUCUUUGAAGAAAGACUUUACACAUCUUUGGAAUGCAAACAUACGCUAACAAAACAACGUAUUUUAUUUAGAUUGAAACUAGUGAACUGAAAACCAGAGAUUUGUACAACGACAUUGAUGAUGUAACGACAUGGUUAGAUACUACAGAAAAUCUCAUUGACACGUAUGAAACUCGUGAAAAACAAGCUGCUGAAGAUGAUGGUUCACGUGCACAGGGCGUGCCUCAAGAAGGAGAGGUUGAGGAAGAGAUGGUUCAUGUCGUGGAGGAAAUUUUGGUUAGUUUAACUUCAAUCAAAAAUCAGUGCAUGUUCUGGGUAGGGUUCCAGUGAUUAGAAUGUUCCAUUGUCUUUUCAUUAUUUUGAAAAUCUCACUGUUCUCCAUGCCAUCCAGUCAUGAUCCAGUGAUCAGAAUAUUCCAUUGUCUUUUCAUUGUUUUGAAAAUCUCACUGUUCUCCAUGUCAUCCAGUCAUGAUCCAGUGAUCAGAAUGUUCCAUUGUCUUUUCAUUGUUUUGAAAAUCCCACUGUUCUCCAUGCCAUCCAGUCAUGAUCCAGUAAUCAAAAUGUUCCAUUGUCUCUUCAUUGUUUUGAAAAUCCCACCGUUCUCCAUGCCAUCCAGUCAUGAUCCAGUGAUCAGAAUGUUCCAUUGUCUUUUCAUUGUUUUGAAAAUUCCACUGUUCUCCAUGCCAUCCAGUCAUGAUCCAGUGAUCAGAAUGUUCCAUUGUCUUUUCAUUGUUUUGAAAAUCCCACUGUUCUCCAUGCCAUCCAGUGAUCAGACUAUUCCAUUGUCUUUUUAUUGUUUUGAAAAUCUCACUGUUUUCCAUGCCAUCCAGUCACCUAUUACUUUUCCAUAGCUAAUACUGCUUUCUCUUGUCAGGCUAAACGUAAGGAAAUUCCAGAAAGAGAAUUACAGCUAGACAAUGCUGUGGUAUGUGUUGGCCAGUUAGGUGACCAGUUGGAUGAAACCACUGUACAAAGUGCUCAGGGUAACGUCAACGACAUGAAAGACCGAUGGGGUGUUGUCACACAACGAUUGGAUGACUUCUGUAAUCGAGAUAUACCAGUAAGUAUGACUAGAAUGAUUGGAAUUUGAUUUCAAAGACCUGAGGGAUUGAAUUUUAUCUAUUUUUUCAUUAAUAUCGUCAACCAUUUCCCAGGAAAUUGAAAUUGCUGAAAUCAAAGCAGAGCACCUCGAAGAGGACUCACUAGAUGAAACAGACUUGAAAUCAGUUGUACCGCUGGAUGAAUGGCGAGAAAAAGUCAGGAAAGUGAACUUACUGUUGAAAUAUGUUGAACGAUUAGUGGGUGUUAAUGCUGAUGGCAAAAUGGAUUAUCCAAGUAUCAGAAUCUUAGCAUCCAAUACAAAGGUAAAUUUGACUUUAUAUAUGAUUGUAUGAUUUAUACCCUUACUGGACCUCUGAUAGAGCUAUCCAGUAUAAAUAAAGUUAGUUUAGUUUAGGUUUCCUCCUGUAGUAACACUGGAUCAAUAAGAGAUGAUCCUUACUGGACCUCUAGGAAGAACAGUUUAGAACUGAUAGAGCUAUCCAGUAUAAAUAAAGUUAGUUUAGUUUAGGUUUCCUCCUGUAGUAACACUGGAUCAAUAAGAGAUAAUCCUUACUGGACCUCUAUGAAGAACCGUUUAGAACUGAUAGAACUAUGCAGUAUACAUAAAGUUAGUUUAGUUUAGGUUUCCUCCUGUAGUAACACUGGAUCAAUAAGAGAUAAUCCUUACUGGACCUCUAUGAAGAACAGUUUAGAACUGAUAGGACUAUGCAGUAUACAUAAAGUUAGUUUAGUUUAGGUUUCCUCCUGUAGUAACACUGGAUCAAUAAGAGAUAAUCCUUACUGGACCUCUAUGAAGAACAGUUUAGAACUGAUAGGACUAUGCAGUAUACAUAAAGUUAGUUUAAUUUAGGUUUCCUCCUGUAGUAACACUGGAUCAAUAAGAGAUUAUUCUUACUGCACAUCUAGGGAGAACAGUUUAGAAUUGAUAUAGUAAAAAUGGAUGAAUAAGAGAUGAUCUUUUCUGAACAUCUUUCCAAUAUAAGUAAGGUACACAAAUACUUUCUUGUUUCGUCUCUAGGAGGCAACAAAGACCAUCACCUCGUACUGCAAGCCAAGGACGGAAGCUAUCUCAACAUUGGGCGACAACAUUAUUAACAAUGAUCCUCACAACAUUGACCAAGGAGAAGAAAUAACAACUAGCAUUGAUACACUCAAAAAGAGAGUUGAACUCUCAGACAAUGGUGCUACUAUACUGCAAAUGAAGUAUGUCAAGUUAACUGUUAUAUUCGGACUAAAAUUCUGUUACUAAUGUUCAGUCUUUAGAACUAUACUGUCCUUUUGCUCAUGUCAGCUCAACUGCGCUCAUUUAAUUCAUAUAUGCUAUUUUAGACUUUUGUGUCCAUUUUGACCCGCUAUUUUAGUUCGCUAAUAUCAGCUUGGAUCUGCGAGGUACCUACGGUUAGACGCGAAAGUCUAACCAUUUUACUGAAGUCAAUGUAAAGAUAGCUCUUUCUCUUUAAUUAUUUUAAGAGUUGGAGUAGAGGUCCGACCAAGGAUUGAACCUAGCUCUCCCAGCUUUGAAAGACAAGCGUGGGGACCACGAUACAAUAAGUAAUUUAAUUCACUUUUGAAUUAAAUCACUAAUGCAUGAUCUCGUUUGCAAUCCGAAGCAUUCUGCCUGUGUUUACUAUUUAUUUUUUAUUCCAAUAACUAGAGUGCGUGACUUGGCGCUGGAGUACUUCAACAAUAGUUUCAACAACUGUGAAAUUGCUCUCGAAACCGAAGAAGAGAAUGUGAACAAACUCGUCAGCACAAAACCAGAUCUUGAGACGACACAAGAACAGAUGGUGCUCUUAAAAGAAGGACGGAAAGAGUUCAAGAAGAACCAAGAAGAUUACGAAAAUGUUGUUGAUGAACUAAAGGACAAAAAGAUCGCUGAGUUUUUGUCAAAGGAAGGAUUUCAAGGCACUUUAGCAGAUAAGAGUGGUAACAUCAAACGAAGACGCGAAGCAGUGGAUAAGAAAUUGUCAGAAGCUGAAAUACGGUACAAUUUUAACAAGUAUAUUUAGCAGACAUGUUAUACUGUUGUGUGAAGAGUAAAUGAAUGUAUUCCCCGAGCAAAUUACAUUCACCGAUUCACGAUACAAAGUUUCAGCACUCCAGUGCGGAGUUUUAAUAUAAGUAAAACUUCUUGAUGAAGGGCUGAAAAAUAUAUCUGGCAUAGAACGUGAUUGCUGUGAACUUAUAUCGUUAAAGAAUAUAUCGUCGUCGUUGAGAUACUUGAAUAAAGAGAGAGGGCAAUAGCUUGAUUCGAGUUAACAUCAGUAGAAACUAAUUCCAAUGUUCGAUGAUUGCACUGCCAGGAACAAUGCUUUACUAUUUUCUUUUAUCUCUGUAGCAUCCAUCGUCAUCUGAUCACGCAUCUGACUGACAUGAAGAAACUUGUAGCAAAAUGGCUGACAUCUUGUGAAAAGAAAGAUAAGUCAAUCAAUGUCGACCCCUCGCCAACACAUGACCCACUGGCUGAAUACAAAAAACUGAAGGUACGUUCUGUCAUUCCUACAAUCUCUUUUAAUGCUUGAUUGGAAUAUUUUAAUCGGUUGUAAGAAAGCUUUGGAUAGGGAUGCCCGAAGAAAAUACAAGAAAGCCCUUCGUUGCAACUGUGUGUUUGCUGAAAUUGAUGAAAUUACUUAUUCAGUAGCAGAAGCCUGUAUUUUCAUGCUGAAAUAAUUUGCGUUUGUCUUGUAUCAAACAUACAACCUCUCGCCUUCAGCUCGAGUUUGUAUACCUAUGUACAACACGAGCGGCCGUGUUCUGAAACUCCUUGAUGAGAACAUUCGUAUUCUUCAUUUUUUAAAAAAAAUGAAUGAUAGUUGGCGAGAAAAUUGAACUUACAGUUUGAUGUAAAUCAGCAUGAUUUUCUAUCAGAUAUACAAACUCAUUCUCACUCAUGAUUUCUUUUGUGUUUUCUUCAUGAAUUAUUACAUCUUCACAAACAUUGCAUCUAAUACCAUUCCAUACUAUAUGGUAAUAUUUACAAUAAUAUAUAAGACAAUAGCGUUGUUUUUCAAGCAAUACUAUAUGCCUUAUUUCCAUGAUUAUUUGGUAGUCUCCUAGGAUAAUUGUACAGUUAUAAUCUGUUUUGCUUUUAGGCCUUGCGUGACGAGAUGGACGAAGGUGAACCAAAGUACGAGGCUACCGUGCAGUUGAACAAACAACUGGUGACAGACGGUGUGUUGGAAGGAAGAAAAGUUGCCAAUUCUGAGAAAGAACUUCAAUCAUUUGCUACAAAGCUUGCAGUGUUAGGGAAACAUUAUCAUGAUAAAAAGAGCGCGCUGUAUACGAUUCUUCUUAACCUAACUCAAACGACCAUGGAUGACGUGCAAGACGAUAUUAAUGAAGCCGAUACCAAGGUUGAACAAACAACUCUGGCUGGGAGGUUCCCUCAAGUAAAGCAAGAUUUCCAAAAUGCAAAGGUAUUUUACUGAUCCUAAUGUGCUAAACUAACUUUAUUCAUACUGGAUAGCUCUAUCAGUUCUCAACUGUUCUUCCUAGAGGUCCAGUAAGGAUCAUCUCUUAUUGAUCCAGUGUUACUACAGGAAGAAACCUAAACUAAACUAACUUUAUUCAUACUGGAUAGCUCUAUCAGUUCUAAACUGUUCUUCCUAGAGGUAAAACUAAAAGCACUCUUCUCGGAUGCAAUUUAUGUAGUGACAAUUAUAGCUCUUACGAAACGCAUUAAUAAUUUUUAGCAAAAAAACAUGAAUUAUUUGCAAAUCGGAAUGUUGUAGAAUAACCCCCAAUUUCUAAAGGCGUCAUUCUUGACUAGUUGUCGAUUCGCAAAUCUUUUCUAGAAUGUCAGGGAUGAAGUUGAUGAAGUCUGUGAGAAAUCAAAGGACUCUCUGAGGGAUGUUCAAGCAAUCAUAGCUGUGGAUGUUUUCAACGACGAGGACAAGAAAACGGUGGAUGAUCGAAAGAAUGAAUUGAAAGAUAAAAACUCUCAGUUGUCUGAAAAAUCUGAUGAAAAGUUUGACAAGUGAGUGACUCUUACUGGACCUCCUGUAUAAAUCAGUGUAGUUCAGUUAAUUAAUAUUAAGCAUGAGUGUCAGAUGUUGUUAUCCGAGGUAACCGCUUACUGUACCUGCAAGUGACUGAAGCUAACUGUAAACCUGCAUGGGUCAGAAGGUCUUCUGUAUAGUAGAAAAAUGUUUCCAAUAUCUUUUCGCAAUUCUGUGUUGACCGACCAGAUUUAAUAGGUGUCUCUUUUCUAUAAUACAGUAUUCUCUUUGCAAACUUUGUGUGGCUUGACUAUUUUCCUGUCCUGUGGCCAAAUUUUAUUUAUCAAAUCUCAAACCUGAAAAAUAUAAGCAGAUCUUCGAUGUUUCAAGGUAACUUCGUAGCGCAAUCUGCCUUCGCUCGAAACGUCGAACAUCUGCUUGCAUUUUUCAGCCAGACACACAUCUAUGAUGGACAUAUUAAUAAUCUUCCAAUCUCGACCGUUAUACUUCCCUGUUGCUUCCCAAGUUUAUUAAGAAUAUUUUUAGUAUAAGUUUAGUAAAAAUAUCCCUCCUUGUGCACAUAUUACAGGUUUGCCGAACAGUACAAUGGAAUUAUCGAGAGUGAAGUAAAGAAUCGCAAGAUGUGGUUAGAUUAUAAUGAAUCUAUGGUGAAUAUCAAUGAUAAUGACGUUGAUGACCUUCCUGGCUUUGCCAAAAAACUGGAGGAACAGAAGGUAUAUAGUGUGUUUAUAUAAUUUAUGACUUAGAAAUCAAUGUGUGUCCAGUCGUAUUUGACUGCUACUCCAAUUAUUGCCAUUUACUUGAGCUCGCAAACUUAAGACUCAAUGUGUAUUUCGUUUUUAAGAUAAAAUAGACACAUAAAAACGCACAAGUUGUUACAAGUCUGCAAACAAGUUGUUACAAAUCUGUUCACAAGCUGUCGACAAGUUGUGUUCGCACUGCUUGUUCCCAGUUGUAACAAGUUUGAAACAAGCUGUUAACAACUUGAUGACAUUAUCAGACUUGUUACAAGAUUGUUCUAACAAGUCCGAUACAGUCAUGAUAUAACAAGGUCAUCAGUUUAUCUGAUUUUGUUAUUUAUGCAAUCGUUUUAACAUACGAGUUAUGUGAACAUGUGAAUAAGGAGCAGCUAUAUUUUGCAACCUUUUAUAUACAACAACUUGUACUUGAUGUGUUUUUGCUUGCACAGAUAUUCCAAGAAGAGCUUGAACGUCGUAAAAUGGAAGGACUACUUGACGAAGCAAGUGAUAAUGAAGAACUCUCUCCUGACACGCGAUUCAUGAUCUACGAACUCGAUGACAAGUGGAAUAACAUCAAUGACUGGUCUGAAGAAAGAUUGGAAAAACUGGAUAAGAUUAACGUGGACUGGAAGAAUCUUCGUGAGCAAGAGAAGGAAUUGUUGGACAACAUUGAUGACCAGGAUUCCAGAUUGAAGUUGGUCUCUGCUCCUGUUGAUCUUUCUGAUAAAGACGAGACUGAGAAUCAACGAAAUGAACUCAAGGUUUGUGAUGUUUAUGCAAGAAUCCUCAUGAAGCCAUAACAACAGGUUCCGCAAUUAGUUGAUUACAACAAUAAACCCAACAAAAGUAAACAUUGUUCACUUUUGUUCACAGAAGCCAAUCGUAAACCAUGUUCAUUUUAUGUUCGUAUCUACCCAGUAGUUGUCAAUCAAACAUUUAUUUUACUAUUGUGUUUACUGACUAUCUGUGUUAGUCAAAUGAAAAUGGUCCCGUAAGUGUCACUGUUCUUCCUGGAGGUCCAGUAAGGAUCAUUUCUUAUUAAUGCAGUGGAAACAUUGUUACAGUAGGAAACCUAAACUAAACUAAACCAACUUAAUUUAUAUUGGAUAGCUCGAUCAGUUUUAAACAGUUCUCCUCAGAGAUGCAGUAAGGAUCAUCUCUUAUUUGACCAAGUGUUACUACAGAAAGAAACUUAAAUGAAACUAACUUUAUUUAUAGUGUAUAUUUCUAUCAUUUUCUAAACUGUUCUCCCUAGAGGUCCAGUAAGGAUAAUCUCUUGCAAAGCCCUGACUUUCUUUUCCUUAUAAAGGAUGUCCAAUCUGAUGCUCAGGAGCUUGGUUUAAAUGUUGUGAAACUCCAUAAAACUUCCAAUGAUUUGAUAAAGCUUGUUGGUCCUGACAGUUCAGCUGGGAAACGUAUGGAAAAAGAGUUUAAUGACAUGAGUACUUGCCAUGCCAAUCUCUGCACUGACACCUUGACUAAACUCAAGAAGGUAUGUUAAAGAUUUGUGUUUGAGUGACACCUAACCAAGUGUUAUUGCAAGUAAUUCAGUACAUUGUAAUUCCUCUUGCUUUGCAUCCCUAAUUCUUGCAUUUGUCUCACAGCUCGACGCAUCAGAAAGAAAAACAAAGGCUCUUUAUGAUCACAUGGACGAUAUCAACGUCGCCAUGGAUGAAAGCGAGAACAUCUUGAAAUCUUUGAACGAUCAAGUGAAAGAGGCUGAAGAAAAGAAAGAUACAGCAAAAGAGGACGAAAUCAAUGAAAAUGACAAAGAAAAACAAGAAGAUGGAGAAAUAGAGGAUAAAAAAGAUAAAUCUCCUGACUUGAAUAAGUUUGUUGAUCAAAUCUCGGUAAGUGAUGUGAACGGUUGGUAAUUUCAUCAUUUAUUUCAACUCAAACGUGACAGACUCCGAAAGCUUACUAGGGCAUAUCUGGUUCCCACCGUACGACCCAUCGUGUGAAGCACGGCUCGUGUGGAAGGGUUAGUUUUUGGUAUCCGGAGAAAAAACCCUUGAAACACAGAAGAGAAGCAAUCGUAACUUCGCUUGUACAAGUUUUAAGAAGAAUAAUCACUCAUCUAAGGAAAUACACUUCGAGCUAGAACAAAGUCUGGUUCACACUAGCAAUUUUCUCGGCGGUUUUGUGUUUCUGACAGAUGCAAAUCAGUGAACUCGCACAUAAAAGUAUAGAGUCUCUUUUCAGAAGUCAACAAUUCUAACGCCUGUAUUCUAAAAGCUCACUCACACUCAAAGAGUGGAGGUUCAAUCUGAGCUUCCCUUGACUGUCAGUGCUGUUUUUGAAUAGCUGGAGGGUUAAUGUCGUGCCUUACUAUGUGACUACUCACCCUCCAGCUAUUCAAAAACAGCAUUGACACACAAGGGAAGCUCAGAUUGAACCUCCACUCUUUGAGUGUAAGUGAGCUUUUAGAAUACGGGCGUAGGUCUGGCUUUGGUCUAGUCUGGCUUAUGCUGGUUGGCUGUUUAAACUACUGUGGUCAGCCAGUCAGUGAAGCAAUAAGCUGAGCUUGUAAACGCGGUUCAAUAGUUCAUACCUUGUUUUUGAGUACGAGUGAGCUUUUUAGAGUACAGGUAUAAGUCUUUUGCAUCUCAUUCAUUCUAUCACAUUUGCUGAAGGAGAAAAAUCGUCGACAGAAUUGCCAGUGUGAAUUUCACCAGGGUUAGUUCAGCGCGGACGAAGGGUCAACAGGAAGCCAUGUAUUUCUUUUUGUUUAGCUCCGUCUUGGCGAGCGUCCUGAGGAGAAAGCGCGCGUGCAACGUGCAAAAGAACUGGAGGCGAGUCUGGAGGAAAAUCUCAGCGAUGAAGCAAAGAAUGUCCUUCAAAAACAAGUGGAAGAUUUUGACGAUCGUUGGGAAGAUCUCUCCAAGAAAAUGGACCAAGCUGUCAAGGAAAAUGAAACCGCUGUAAGUACUCAUUUAUGUUUUUUUUUGUUUUUUUUGGGGGGGGGGUGGCAUCACCUUCCUCGACCUCUAGGAAGAACAGUUUAGAACAGAUAGAGCUAUCCAGUGUAAAUAAAGUUAGUUUAGUUUAGGUUUCCUCCUGUAGUAACACUGGAUCAAUAAGAGAUGAUCCUUAUUGGACCUCUAGGAAGAACAGUUUAGAACUGAUAGAACUAUCCAGUAUAAGUGAAGUUAGUUUAGUUUAGGUUUCCUCCUGUAGUGACACUGGAUCAAUAAGAGAUGAUCCUUACUGGACCUCUAGGAAGAACAGUUUAGAACUGAUAGAGCUAUCCAGUAUAAAUGAAGUUAGUUUAGUUUAGGUUUCCUCCUGUAGUAACACUGGAUCAAUAAGAGACGAUCCUUACUGGACCUCUAGUAUAGAACUUAACAGUAUAGUUAAAAUUUCCAGAAUAUUGAUCAUCUCUAAUAAAUGCGUUUUUUUCAAGGAGGAACCAAUCAAAGUAUUCCAAGUUGAUGAGGUUGAAUCAGCUCUACCUGAGGAUCAAACUGUGGACUAUGAUGCAUGGAAAGAUGAUGCAGCAGAAAUUGAUGAAUCUAUGUUGAAAUCUCAAACUACACUUCAAGCUUACGAUGUUGAUAUUAAAGAUUACUCCAGUGUGCGGAAAGCAGAGACUGAAACUCAGGUUUGUCAGAGACUCUGAAAUGGGGCUGGCAUUGUAAGAUUUUCCAGAUUGACAUUAUUACUAUUUCGUUUACAGGACGUCAUCGACCACAUGAACACAGAAUUCAAACCAAAGCUGAUCACGCUUCGUUCUUCUGGUGAGAAAAUAUCUGACCAAGAUCCGGCUGUUACUGCAGAUGAGGUUGAUGAGAUUGUUAACUCUUCACAGAAAAAUCUUCAAGGAUUACAGAGUGCUUUACAACUUCGAAAAUUGAGGUAUGUUAUACAUUAUACAUUAUAUAUUAUUAAGCUCAUUCCCUCAGUGACUGAUUAAAUCGAGUAUUACGCUUACUUAUAGUACCUACUUAGACUAGACUAUUUAUCUUUACAACAAUUGUGAUAUUGCUUUCUUAACUGUGUUUAUCCUCACUCACCCUGUCAACUUUCCCUGUGGGAGGAAACCGGAGCACCGGGAGGAAUCCCUCCUCCUCCAAAGUAAUUUCGCAUGGACUGGGCUUAGUUUUCCACUUCUAACGUCAGCAAAAGAAAAGGCGAGAAAUAGAAAAUCGUGUGAACAGAUCUUCUCAUUGGAAACGAGCUUCAGUUAAUGCAUUCAAUUGAAUAUCUGUCAUCAAUUGUUCGUCUUCUAGACUACGUGAUACUGCUGUCCAACAUAUGAACGAAAGGGUACUGAACUGCGAGGCGAAUGUCGGUGAUGAACAAGUGAAACUACAAUUGCUUACACCGCCUGGGAAAGAUCUUGAUACUGUGUUGGAUCAACUGUCAGCAUUACAGGUACAUUUCAGAUUAUAACGAAUUGGAAUAUGUGUAUGUAUAACAAUGUACGACUCUUUGAUCUAAACUCGUCUUGAGCUAAGUACCAAAUUUACAGUAAUAUACUUGUUUUUUGAGAUGCUAUAUCAAACAUUUGAAGUAAUUUAUUAAAAGUGAUUUUAAAACAGCUCGAAACAUGUCAAAGAUGCUGCUAGUGUUUUGUUUUUCCAAGGUGUUUUAAUAAUUUCUUAUAUAUUUUUUUAUGAUUUACUUUGUUUACAGGAAAGCGAGAAAACGUUCCAGACAAAUCAAGUUGAGUUUGAAGAAGUGCAGGUUCACUUGAACGAAUUGAAACAAAGCAAGAUUCUGACAUCUCCAGAAUUCCAAGAAGAGUUUCAAGAUGAUUGUAAAGAGGUUGCAAUUGAUCGCGCGCAAAUUCUUAAACAAACAAGAGAUCACAAAAACAAGUAUGUUUUAACUGAAGCCUAAACUAAACUAACUUUGUUUAUACUGGAUAGCUCUAUCAGUUCUAAACUGUUCUUCCUAAAGGUCCAGUAAGGAUCAUCUCUUAUUGAUCCAGUGUUACUACAAGAGGAAACCUAAACUAAACUAACUUUAUUUACACUGAAUAGCUCUAUCAGUUCCAAACUGUCCUCCCUAGAGGUCCAGUAAGGAUAAUCUCUUAUUGAUCCAGUGUUACUACAGGAGGAAACCUAAACUAAACUAACUUUAUUUAUACUGGACAAUUCUAUCAGUUCUAAACUGCUCUCCCUGUACAAAUUAUUUUCAGGCUGUAUCGUGCCAUAGUUAGCAUUUUCGAUGUGCGAAGAAAGGACAUUACAAAGUGGUUAAAGAAUUGUGAAAAGAAAGAAAAGGAAAUUCCAAACGAUGUGCAAGUUCUUGACGAGGCUUUGAUUGCAGUGAAGAAAAUCAAGGUAAUUAUUGUCGUGAUGUUGUUUAGAUUUGUGCUCGUUUUGUUGUAGUUGUUCGCAAUUGAAAUCGUCUUUGUUGUGAAAACUUGAAUAGUAGCGCUUAAUUUCCAACUACCCUUCUUACAAGUAACUUAUUACUGAGACACGAAGAACCGUUGCAAUGCUGACGCCAUGGUCCUAGCAAGUGCGCUUAUAAUAUGCAUUCACCCCCCCCCCCCUGAAAAUGUUCAAAAUGGCGGACGUCCAGGGGGUAACAACAAGAAAUUGCUAUGAAUUACAUUCUUUGAUACCUUUACUGUUAUGUUCUGGUAAAGACAAGCAAAUAAUUAAUCUCGCUAUUCUUAGAAUGCAAGUAAAGUAUGUUGCAUGUUCCAAAUUUGUUGCGCCACUAUACGUGAUAAGUACUAGUUAAAAAACAUGAGCAGACGAUCUUUAUGUGAUAUACAAUACAAACUGGAGUUGAAGGCGAGAGUUUGUAUAUCAGAUAAAGAUGGGAUGCGAAUGUUUUAACGUGCUUAAAAUACAACCCAUCUUAUGAGUUCAUUGGCGAAGUAAUUUUAAAAAUAAACAUUGUCUAAGCCGAGAAAAUCAUAGCUGAAGUUUAUGUAAAUCAGGACAAAUCUUUACCCCGAUUCACAAACGUUGAUUAAACAUUCAUUUCUUUGGAAUUUUCUUCAGUAUUUUAACAGUAGCUAUGUUAGUAUAAGCUUAAAUAUAUUAUAUUCAGUUGUUGGAACUUUUAAGUAAUCCUUGAUUGUACCUUAUAUAGCACAUACUUUGUUGCUUAGGCGUUGUUGUUUCAAAAAAAGCAAAUUCAAAGUCUAUAUAUUUUAAUUGAAAACUUCAACGUGAUAAGUUGGGCAUUAAGCAUGACAUGUUUUGCAGGAGAUGGAAGAUGUUUUGAAAGAAGGAGAACCAAAUUACCACGAGACUGGCGAGCUUGCUAAGACUAUUUCAGAAAAUGAAAUUCUGGUUGAUAAGAAAGCGAAGGAUGCUGAGAAUGACGUGAAGAAUUCGUCCAUGCGAUACAACCAAGUCUUGGAAGAUGUACAGAACAAGAAGAAUAAGUAAGAAACAGUUGUCUAUUUAUAUAGUCGUUCAAAAUGUGACCUGGUUUCGGCAUAGCCGUGGUUUGUGGCUGUAAAGUGUGCCUGUUUUAAGUAUGUCUGUAUAGCUAGGUUUUACUAAGCACUAUUGUGCAGUCGAUGGUGGUCAACCUACAGUUAUCAGAGUGAGAAAAUAAUGUUCAUUCUUUUCAUUAUAUGUAGUAUAGUCUUGUACUUGAAGGCUAUGAAAAUUGAGAGAUUUCGUUUAAUCUCGGUGGUCCUAUAAGUGUCGACAUUUCUGAAGCCAUUUAUAUUGCUUAUCCACUGAUACAGUUGUUGAUUUUUUUGCAAUCUUUUUCAGGCUGUAUAAAACUAUCCAUGAACUACUGACGCAACAGUUGGACGAAACAGAGGAGAAAGUUAAGAAAGGAGAGGAUGUUGUGCAAGUCGAAUCAAAGCCUGACGACCCGUCAGCCACUCAUGAAGAACUCAGUAAUUUACAGGUAAGUUAACGUUCAAAAAACUGUGCUACUCAAUUAGUGAGCUACACUAUCGAACCUACAGAGUCCAGUUGUCGAGCUCCAACCACAAGUUCUUGUAUAAACAUGGCAGGAAAAAAAGAAUUUUGUUCCUGGGAGCACAACCUGGAGACAAAAAUUUCCUCCAGACCAACGGAGUAUUUUUGUGCUAAAUCUGCAUGUGCAUAAACAUAUAGUGUUCUAGCUGACCAUGGUUUUAAAUUCAAGGAAUAAUGUCUGUCAACCAUAUGUUGUUGUGCCCAUAAGUGGAACAUGGGUGUUAAUGUUUUCUUCAAGUUUCCAAUAGCAAAUCUUCAUUGAAACGAAUUUCCUGCAGCUGUUUAACAUUUCCUGCGAGCUCGCCUAUUUUUUCCACUCAUGUGUAUGUGUAAACUAUCCUGAUUGGUAUGUAUAUAUAUUUAUGUUAUUAGGGUAUCGUAGAUUCAGCAGAUGAGCUCAAAGAGGAAAGUGGGCAAUUAUUUGACAAGGCAAACACUUUGCUGUCAGCUGACAUCUUCCCUCAAGAUGAUAAAAGAGAGCUACGAAUGAGAGUGAUUAACUUGGAUAAAAGAGCUUACGAGUUGCCCGAUGCAGCUAAGGACAAAUAUGAACAGUAAGUACGGAAUAGUUUGUAAUAUAAAACCUCUAUAAAGUACUAUUUAAAACACGGGCAGAAGUGCUUUAUCAGAUAUAAAUUUGUAUAUGAUAAACCACGAACUGCGAGUGUUUUAAAUGGCUAAAAAAACUACCCAUCUUACAGAGCCUGAAAUAACGGUCGGCGGUUUUCCGACCAAAUUUCAAAUUUUUUUUUGUCACGUCCGGACAAAUGUUGAAAAAAAAUGAUAAUCUGUUUUUUUUAAAUUAUCGGGUCGGCGCUCAGUACAGUGAGUGCAGUAUCUAUAGUCUUAGAUUAUCUAUACUAGUCUUAUAUAGAGUAAUCAACUGGAAAUUUAUCAAAGUUUCUUCGAUCAGAGUAUGCUUUAAACAAACUUUAGUUAACUUAAAUGUGUGACAGUGCAUGAGUUACGAGUCAGAGUGACUGCUUUCAUUGUUGUUAAUUUGACGACCUGGAAGGUAAAGAGUACGUUUCCUCGACGUUUCGAGCAAAGGCCCUUCAUCAGGACAGUUAAAUAGGCUGUUUAUUACAAGUAGAGUGAUUUACUGCAUGCUUGACAUAAUUUACUCAACGGAGGCGAUCAAACUAAACUAAAAAAUUUCCGACCAAAUUUGAAAAUUUCCGGUCAAAUUUCAUUUUGCUUGGAAGUUUUGCCGGACAAAUUUAAAAAUUAUUUCAGGCUCUGAUCUUAUGAGAACAUUGGGAGUAAUUUUUAAAAUAAACAAUGUCUAAGUCGAGGAAAUCAAAGCUAAAGUCUAUAUAAAUGAACAUGAUUUGUAUCACAUAUAAAACCCCGACACGGCAAUGAUUUCUUUUGUAUUUUCCUCAUGUAAUGGAUGACAGAAUUUGUGUCAAAGCCAUUAGUUCCACCCUAUAGUAUACUCAUGACAGAAUAUAUUGAUAUCGAAAAACUGGUUCAGUUCCGAAAUAUUUGAAAUGACUUCACCUCGUAGCAUUGUUGGUAGAGCAUUAGACUAACAAACCAAAGGUCGCAGGUCAUGUCAGUUGUGGACCUAUUCGGAGUUUUAUCAAAGAACAAAUGACUAGAAAAGAGACUUGGCAAGAUUUUAAAUAUGUAUUUCUCGUGUUCAGAGUGUACAGUGUGUAUUUGACACAUCUUACAAAGCUGAUACAGCUACGAACAGAAUGGAUAACAACCAGUGAACCUCGCAUGGAACAGACUCAUACAACUGAUGCAUCUGAUAUCCCCGACCUGGAGGUCAACCUCGCUGAACACGAAGUAAGUAAUAACAUUGAUGGAUGUGGGUUCUCCAGGGGGGAGCACUUAGAUAAAACUGAUACGACUUUCCAGUACAAAUGUUUAAUGCAUUUUGCUUAAUUGUUUACUGGUGUCUGCACUCAGGUGAAGCAUAUCCACAUUGGACAAGCUAAAAAGUUAAAGUUUCCGCCGCGGUCACACUCACAGACAAAAUCAUUGUUAUUUUUUGUCUUAGAAUGGAUGUAUUUUUAAACGUCCUUGGUUAUGUUAGAGACAAUCUGGAACUAAACCAACUUUAUUUACACUGGAUAGCUGUAUCAAUUUCUAAAUUGUUCUCCCUAGAUAUCUAGUAAGAGUACGGUUAUCCCUUGAGUAGAGGCCAUCUCCUAUUUGGGCUAGUGUAACUGCAAAAUCCAAGCACUUCUGAGAAAACUGGAAGCACUCUUCACAGGAAACCAAGAAAUUAUAAGCAUUGACCACUGUGACAUUAACACUGUAAAGUAGCCAUUUUAGAAGCGCAACCAAUUUAACUCCCUAAAUAGUUUGUCAAAGAUUACAAAUGUAAAAAUACUUCCUAGGUGUUUGAGAAUGAUCUGAAGAAGAACAACAUUCGUUCUGUGCUAGAACAAAUCCGAGACAAAAACGAGGUGGACCCAGAAGUGCCACUCUCAGAAUUACUCAAUCUUGAGAAUCGUUGGGAGAUCUUGCACACUUGGGCUGAACAACGGACGGUAUUUCUUCAAGAAACUCUGCAGAAAUGGAAAGCUUUCAGUCUAGAGCAACUUGCCUUGGUGGAUUGGAUAGACAAGAAAGAUUCCGAGCUAAAGGAACUCGACACUCCUGUGAAUUUAGCUGAUGAAAAUGCUGUACAGGAAAAAACGGAAACAUUAAGGGUAAGAGACUGGUAUUGAUAUAUAUUGAUUGAGUUUACAUCAGAGUUUCCUUAUUCCUCGUGUCUCAGUCAAACGAGAACAGGAGUUGUAUGAGAGUUGGCCAGCGAGAGUUCUCAUGAGAGAAUCUCCUCAACUCUCAUCUCUCAGUGAAACGAGAGCAAGAGUUGCAUGAGAGUUGACAAGCGACAGUUUACAUCAGACUUGACCCAGUUAUAGCUCGGUUAAACGAGAACAAGGGUUGUAUGUGCUAUUCGUACCCGCUACAAUACGGGCACGAAUGUUGUAAAUAGCUUGUGAGAAACGUCUUGAUGAGAACAUUCGUAUUCUUCAACAAUUUAAAAUAAUUUUAUUAAUAAUCUAUUUUGUAUUUGCAGAACCUGCAGAUAGAUGUCAGUCAACAUUCUCCAAAUCUUGAUCACUUUAAGAUCUCGGGAAAAGCUUUGCUUGAAGACCUUCAGCCUGAGUCAGAAGGCUACGAGCAAGUGGCUAAACAGAUUGAAGAUUUUGAUAAUUGUUGGAAGAAACUCGAGAAAGAUAUUGCAGAUAAAAUUGAAAAGGUGAGAAUAAAAAUUUUGAUCUAUUGUAACGCAGGACUAAUAAGGUUUAAUUUUUACUGGACUUCUAGGGAGUACAGUUUAGAAUUGAUAGAGGUAUCGAGUAUAAAUAAAGUUAGUUUAGUUUAGGUUUCCUCCUGUAAUAACACUGGAUCAAUAAGAGAUGAUUCUUACUGGACCUCCAGGGAGAACAUUUUAGAACUGAUAGAGCUAUCCAGUAGAAAUAAAGUUAGUUUAGUUUAGGUUUCCUCCUGCAGUAACACUGGAUCAAUAAGAGAUGAUCCUUACUGGACCUCUAGGAAGAACAGUUUAGAACUGAUAGAGCUAUCCAGUAGAAAUAAAGUUAAUUUAGUUUAGGUUUCCUCCUGUAGUAACACUGGAUCAAUAAGAGAUGAUCCUUACUGGACCUCUAGGAAGAACAGUUUAGAACUGGUAGAGCUAUCCAGUAUAAAUAAAGUUAGUUUAGUUUAGGUUUCUUCCUGUAGUAACACUAGAUCAAUAAGAGAUGAUCCUUACUGGACCUCUAGGAAGAACAGUUUAGAACUGGUAGAGCUAUCCAGUAUAAAUAAAGUUAGUUUAGUUUAGGUUUCUUCCUAUAGUAACACUGGAUCAAUAAGAGAUGAUCCUUACUGGACCUCUAGGAAGAACAGUUUAGAACUGGUAGAGCUAUCCAGUAUCAUUAAAGUAACAUGUAGUUUAUUCUCUAGGGUGGAUAGUUUACAGAUUACAAAGUAACUUUUCUGGUAUUAAGAUAUUGAUGGCCAUGUAUUAACUGAUAAUUGAUCCUUUGAAUUUCAAAUAGAUGGAGAGAUCAAACCGAACAAUCAAAGCAAUCUACUCCUACAUGGACAUUGUCAGCAAUUGGCUGGAUGACACUGACGGAAAACUGAAGAAAAUAGAUUCUACCAGUGAACAAUUACGUCAUGUCAGUGGCUCGCCUUUCAGUUUCAGUGGUGAUCACAGUGUGGACGGCACUCCUAAGAAAGAGCCUGAGGAUGAGGUGAAGGAAGACGAGCAGGCGGAAGAAAAGACUGCGGAGGAAUCUGAGGAUACAGAGGAACCCGAGGGGUUAAGUGCAGAUGAAAAGGAAGAACUGCGGGAUACAAUAGAAAAGAUGAAAGAUGAUAUCAAGGUUUGUGGUAGAAAUGCAUUUAUAUCAUUCAUAUAUCUGCAUAAUUUAUCAUUAAAGCCCCGGCCAAGCAAAGAUAAGGUUUGAUGAGAGUUUGCAGUCACGCAUUGUUACAGGGGACAUUUCAAGCUCUAGAUUAACAAAAUAAAGGUUCGAUAAGUGUUCCAACUAUGUUUUAAAGUAAAUAGAAUAUAUGAUAGUGUUGGGAAAGCAGUAAGAACAGCUAACCAAGAUCACGUAACUCUCGUGCACUCUCAUCCUCGUCAAGUCGUUUGACAACAUAUGACAAUGCUAGUGAUUCUAACAAAUCUAACUCCCUAGUAGCUGUCCACUGCUGAGCUAGUUUUUCACCAAAACACAACUGGAGUAACUCGAAAUACUGCAGUGUUUGAUAAACUGGAAGCACUCUUCUCACAUGUGACUGAGGUGAAAUUAUAAUCUGACAACUGUAUAUUGCAGGAAUCAAACCUCAGUCACAUGCUCAUUCCCUUCAUUGAUCUUAUUUCCACAUGUUUAGGCUGGUUCUCAUGUCAAAGAUCUAAAUAAAGCCCGUAUUGACCGUGUUCGACUUCUGGUGGAUGAUAUUCAUACGGAUAUUGAUGAGGAUGGAGUAAACUUGAUGGAGGAAAGGAUUUGUGAGAUUGGAGAGAGAUAUGAGCAUAUUGAUACACGACUUGAUCACAUCCUUCAAAAAGAGGUUGGUGGCUAGAGUAUCAAUGUUAUCCGUAAAGUACUUCUAGUAAUGUCUAAAGUAGUACAAAGUGUGCGGAGAGUGAUUUGUUGCACAUAUUCACGCUUUUACUGUUUUCAAAGCAGCAUUUAUCUUCUCACAAAACAGCACAAAAUGUAUUCCAUUCAGUUGCUUUAAAAGAAUCUAAAAUAAACUAAACAAACAUAAUUUUAUUUAUACUGAAUUGCUCUAUCAGUUUUAAACUGUUAAUUCUCCCAGUAAAGUCAUCUCUUAUUAAUCCAGUGUUUCGACAGGAGGAAACCUAAACCAAACUAACUUUUAAUAUGUAUACUGGAAGCUCUAUCAGUACUAAGCUGUUCUCCCUGGAGUUUCAGUAAGGAUAACCUUUUAUUGAUCCAGUGUUACUACAGGAGGAAACUUAAACUAAACUAACUUUAUUUAUACUGGAUAGCUCUAUCAGUUCUAAACUGUUCUUCCUAGAGAUCCAGUAAGGAUCAUCUCUUAUUGAUCCAGUGAUACUAAAGGAGGAAACCUAAACUAAACUAACUUUAUUUAUACUGGAUAGCCUGGAUAUAGCUCUAUAAGCUCCUAAAGGCCCUGACUAGCGCUAUUUAUCAAACAUCUCGGAUUUCGUCAGGGCAAGACCUGUAUUUAACCCCUAUAAUACAUACUUAGUACAGAAUAUUAUAUCAAGACGAUGACUUCUUUUCCAUUGUAGAAACCUGAAGAUACUCCAAGUGAACCUGAACUUGUCACAAUCAAGACCACCUCAGACCUUCAGUCUGCACCAGAUGAAGAACAACUCCCCACAGAGGAUACACCCCAGGCAACUGACACUGUAGCGACAGACAGGACUCCUGUGGAACCAUACAGUGGUAAAGUAACCCUGGAUCUCAAGGAAUGGAGAACUGUCACAAUAAGUCUUCGAGAGUUCCUCAACAGAAUGCAAUUGAACAUCCGAGAUGUUGAUAGUAAGAAUUACAAGGAGAUGCGGGAAUGUGAAGUUGAUACUAAGGUACAAUUCUUUGCAUAUUGGCUUGACAACAACCUUGUUACAACUUGUUUACUGAUCUGUAACUAGCUUAGGUCAUUAUUUAUGUCUGGGGGUGGCACCGAAGAGAAAUGUUUUUCGUGGCAAAAUUUUUGCUGACCCAACCAUUAAAAAGUCAAAAAUUUGAUUACCCAACCUCAAAUAUCGAUUAAAAAAUAAAUACCCUCCCCUGGCUUUACAAAACUUUACAAAAGGAUACCAUUCAGUUGUGACACAUGUCCUUUACCACUUCUGUGAAAUUUUCUGCAGUCUAAAGUUUCAUGUUGUCUGCACAUGUACUUUCUUUGGAGACAACAUUUGUCUCCCAACAAAUCGGAAAAUGGUCAAGAUAAUGACUCUGAUUAAUUCACAUAUUGUAUUGACAUAUAACUGUUGACAUUGCUUUUUAGUCUCCAAUAUUUCAGUAAGUCAUGCUUUGGAAAUGACAAUAAGUUUUUAUUACCCAACCCUUGAGUUGUUUUCUUUUUCAUUUGCCCAACCUUUUACUUACUCAAAAUUUUGUUUACCCAACCCUUUUCUCUUCGGUGCCACCCCCCGCCAUAAAUAAUGACCGCUCCCUUAUUCACCUGUGUAGUCUAGGUUUAGCUAAUUUAAAAGCAAUGCGCAAAAUAUAAAAUACUUGAUACAAUUACGUUACCACAAGUAACGGUUCAUAGAUGCGUGAUACUACUGUUGAAUUUAAACGUAUACUAUAUUUCUUGCUUUUCCCAUUAUCUACAUUGCAUGCAGUCACCAUCCCAUUGUCUCCUACUGUUUCAUAAUCUGUCAAUCAUGAGAGGGGUAUGUCCACAACACUACAACUAGAACUGAGCGAAAAAUAUGUGCAAAAUAUUUGCUAGUGUUUGCUGCAGACAGCUGCCAGGGCUGGAAAUUACUGUCGGACAUCGGACAAUGUCCGACUAAAUUUGGCAAAUGUCCGAGCGAAAGUAAUUUUGAUCGGACAUUGGUCCGAUCACAAAAAAAAUAAUUGUUACAUUAUAUUUUUGCUGUGACAAAAUCCGAUUGCAAAUUCACUCAAUUUGCAUUUUGCAAUAAAAUUUACGAGGCGUUCUAAUUCUACUUAACAUUGCGCCGAAAUGGCAUAUGUACAUACUUGUCUCGUGACUUAUAAAUAUCUUGUGAUGUAUAUAUGGCCGACCAAAUUUAGUGAUGUUGGUUUUUGUCCGACCAAAUUCAAGUUAUGUCCGACCAAAAUUAAAAGUGAUCGGACAAAUGUCCUGUCAAGUCAAAUAUUUAUUUGCAGCCCUGGCUGCUGUACUAUGCGCGAAAAAUAAGCCGCAUGUAAAGGUUGAUCACACGGAAAAUUAGACAAGCAAUCUUUUCAAUUUCUAGACGUGUAUUGACGCGAUGGAGAUCUACGGCAAGCCAUGUUUGAAUGAUCUCAUUCUGUCAGGCAACGGAAUGCUCGAUUCACCAGAGUAUAACGAGGAGGAAAAGAAUGAAAUCCGUGCUGUACUGGAAUCUCUUACUGUUGGAACACAGUUUGUCAACUACAAUGCUAAAGACCAGAGAUUAAGGUAAUGUAAUUAUAAUACUAAUGGGGUGUGACGAUGGUAUAAUGGGUUGGUGCUUGUCUCUUUAACCUCCAUCACAAGAUCACAUGGGUUCUAUCCGUAUAAUAUACAGCUGGCAAGUGCUUCUAACUUGACUCUGCACUUGCAAAAGUUUCGCAACUUGUCAACAAGAUGUGUUCACAGCAGGCUUGUAGCAGCUUUGAAACAGGAAGAAAGUUUCCUGUAGAUUUGUUACAAGUUGUGCGUUUUUACGUAUAUACCAUAUGUUUGCAACGAAUUGUAAUUCUGGAACAGUUAGACUACCAUUGUUGAUUUUCUCAAUGUUGUUUUCUGAAGGCUGUAUAGUGCUCUCGUGACAUACCAAAGUGACCAAAAGAAACUAGUCCAACGUUGGCUGAACUCUUGCUCCAAGGAAUCAAGAGAUAUCAAUGAAGAUGUCGCUGGCUUGGAAGCCUCUGACGCUGAAUACAAGAAAGUCCAGGUAGUUCUAAAAUCAGAAAUCUAAACAUUGCCCCAGAUUUUCGCCCGAAUAGUGUCCAAUGCUUGUUCAUACCCUUAAAAAGUCAACAAUUUCCCCUACAUAGUAUGACAUCAAUAGGGGGAAAAUUGGGUUUCAUUAGGCACAGCUGAUUGUGAUCAACUUGCAGUUAUCUGAGUGAGGAUGUGACACGCAUUGCACGAUGUGCAUCGUGAAGCUAUUGUUUUUCUCAAUUUCAGCAUCUGAAGAACGCGCUUGCCUCUGGCGAAGCGACCUUCCUCCAUUACAAAGAACUCUCAAGACGAAUGAUUGAGAACAAAAUCAUCCUUGAAAAGAAGAUUCCUGAAACUGAAAAAGAUAUUGUCAACUUUACGACCACCUACGACAACCUGCGAGCGGAGACCGAGCGUAAAGAUAAAUGGUAAGUUUUUACUUUUGGUAAAUUCACCAAUGGGU